CAGCCCGUUUUAAUUAGCGGUGCGGAGUUAAAGGGGUGAUAAAACACGAUUUCACUUUUCUAACUUUAGCUAGUGUGUAAUUUUCCUGUGUGAGCAUAAACAACAUCUGCAAAGUUACAACGUUCAAAGUUUUAAGCAAAGGGAGAUAUUUGCUUUUAAAGAAAUCAAUUUCUAAGGACUACAGCAAACGGCCGGUAGGGACUACACGACAUUCCUCCAGGGUUGCUGACGUCACUAAGCCCAAUAUUUACAUAAACCCCUCCUCCGAGAAUAAUAAAUUAGGUGGGGGGCGAGGCCAUUUUAUAUUGCUGUGGAGAUUGAGAAGAGUUGUUGUAUGCUGGAGUGUCUUUGCCGCGAUGCCGACGAAACGCUGUUAUUUUCAUCCGGAUUGCAGAUCCACUUUGUUCAGCCUUCCUAGGGACGGGGAAGUUAGGGAUCAAUGGUUACAAUUUAUUUUUAACUCGGUCCCUCAAAAUUAUUACCCAAAUCUCGCUCUCUGUGCUGCACAUUUUACGGAGGAAAGCUUCCACAAUCUUCGCGAGUUCAAUGCAGGAUUCGCCCAACGGCUUGUCCUGAAAGAUGGAGCAGUUCCAACUUUAAAAACAGAAGCUGUUUACGGGCAACAAGCUACAACAUCUCAGCAGGGUGCGAGUUCCCAAGAGCUCUCCACUACAUCUACACUUCAUGAAGUUGGAUGUCAGUCAGACCCUAUAGAGACCGAAACUGUAGCCACAGAGAUAAAGCCAAAGAUGCGAUCAGUGGGCACACAACUUUCAAUGGGACACUCAGCAAAAUUUGGCAGCUACACCAUUUUGCACAUGGAAACCAACAAAAUUCUGGAUCUUCAACUAGUUCAGAGCAAUGAGGUUGGUGGCAGUUAUCAUAUGGAAAAGGAGGGAUUGAAGCGUUGUCUUGAUAAGCUGGAGUCUAAUGGUUUAGCUGUUGACUACAUCGUCACCGAUCGCCAUCCGCAGAUUCAGAAUUACCUGAGGGACCGCAAUAUCACUCAGUUCUAUGACGUGUGGCACUUUGAGAAAGGUUUAUCUAAGAAACUUGACAAACUUUCAAAGAUGAAGGACUGCAAGGUGCUGAAAAAAUGGUUGCACAGCAUCAAAAACCAUGUUUACUGGAGUGCGAUUUCCUCUGAGUCUGGGCCAGAAAAGGUGGCGAAGUGGAAUUCACUGCAGAACCACAUACAAAAUGUACAUGUUCAUGAGAACCACCUCUUCCCCAAGUGUGAACACCCAGACAAAGUUUCCAGGGAUCCAAAAAAAUGGUUCCAACCAGGAUCAAUAGCGCUCCAUAAAGUGGAAAAGCUAUUAUACAACAAGAGAGUUCUCAAGGAUAUAGAAAAGCUCAGCCACAACUUUCAGACGUCAUCACUGGAGGCUUUCCACAGUCUGAUUUUGCGUUUUGCCCCAAAGAACGUGAUUUUCCCUUUCGUAGGAAUGUUGUGCAGGCUGUAUCUUGCAGCGAUGCACUAUAAUGAAAAUGCUAACCGUGAGCAGGCAACAACAACAGCAAAGCCAGUGAAAAUAGAACCAACAUACAACCAUAUCGAUGACCUUAUGAGCCUUCUGUCACAUAAAGUCUUUGUGGACCCCGAGCCAUAUGCGGAAGAGCUGCAUGCAAUCCCCAUUCCACCUCCUCUGUCAUCACAGUAUGAAAAACCUUCCAAAGAAGAGGUGAUUGCCCAGCGUGUGUCACGAUUCAGUCGAGGGGUGGCCGGAACCCAACAUACUGUCCCGCUGGAUCAGGAAACUGUAGGCGGAUCCGGUUAACAACACAUGAGGGGAUGACAACCCUCACACUACGUCCUAGGUAGCCCCAGCACCAGCUGACAAAGCUGCGAUAGGCCAGAUAACGGAAGCGCCUAUGGCAGGAACAGAAAACGUCAAUAUUAAAACCAGUGGUAUAUUGGAAACAUGUAUAUGUGAUGUGAAAAUAUGUUUGAUAAAAAUUGAUAUUUUGAUUUAA